UAUAUAUAUUCCGAUUUUCGUGGUGAAAUGAACUGCAUUCUAUGCAACCAAAGGAAAACCUGUUGCCAAAACAACAGGGAGUGAGAGUUUGGGAGAACUAAUAGACUUUUUCCUCUGUUUCGAGAAGAAGAAGAAGAAGAAAAAAGAUGGCACUUUCCAAGGCGAAGGAGAUCGUUUCAAAGCAUCCGGUCGUCGUCUUCAGCAAAUCGUAUUGUCCCUUCUGCGAUAGGGUGAAGAAUCUUUUGUCACAGUUGGGGGCGAAUUAUAAUGCCAUCGAAUUGGACGUCGAAAGUGAUGGAAAUGAAAUACAAUCAGCACUGGCAGAGUGGACGGGGCAGAAGACCGUCCCCAAUGUGUUUAUUGCGGGAAAUCACAUUGGUGGAUGCGACAAGACCACAGAGAUGCAUAGGGGAGGGAAGCUGGUGCCGUUGCUAACUCAAGCUGGUGCAGUUGCAGUCGCUUCUUCUUAAGUUCUCACAAAUUGCAUAGAUAAUAUGCGUAGAAACCACUAUAUUGCAUUGCGGUUAUUUACUGGUUUUCUUUUAUUGUGGUUUCUGUGCUAUAAUAAUUGUUCACGAUGCUACCAUAUGAAGACAUGUUUUAGCUAGUUAAGUUUCUAUCUUCGUUUUUUUUUCUAGAGAAAAAAAAAAGAAAAGCCCAUAUACGCAGUGUGGUUAA